AUGAGCGGAUACUCAUACCCCAAUGCCACUGACUUGGCCAACCUAACUAAGAUAACGGCAGAUCUGUUCAAAGAAACUAACAUAGCCAAGUAUCUCCAGUUAGACAAACUAUCACCACCACAGAAACCACAAUUAAUUGAAAUGAAACCAGCAACUUCCCCAACACCAGGCCCUAUUGAGAAUUUGUUGAAUAUUAGUCAAAAGCUUAUAGGCCAAUAUAAGAUGGAACUUCCCUAUUCCAAUAGUCAAAGCAAAAUUGAUCAUAAUAAUGAACCCGAUAAGGAGAAUGAUGAUGUAUGCUGUAGUAGUAAUAAAAUGACAACUACUAACAUCAAUAUAACCCCACGCAAGAAUACAACUCACAACUCGGUCUCUGUUUCAGCUAGAGGUACCAAAAGAUCAUGGCCAACUGAUCAACAAGAUGACGCCCAAGACCAUGAAUCUGAAGUCCUGCAAAACUAUAGUCUUGUGCUUAAUUCAAGACCUGUUUCAUCUGGUACCCCUCUCGAAAAUAAGUCUAGCUUCUUCUCUCCUGCUGGUAAGGUUCCUGGUUUACAGAAGAAGCUGUCACUGGUGUCGCUUUUACAAUCCACGCCGGUAAAUAAAACGUAUACCCCACUGAACAAGAUGUUGAAGGCAAACAUGGCAGUUGUAGUCAAUACCGACAAGAAGCCAAUCCAAAUAUAUGCUGAUAAGCCACAACAACAUCAGCUACAAUUACAAGCUGUUAAGAAGGAGAUACGGAUCUUGUCAGAAGAUGCGAACAAACCCGAAGAAAGCACUAAGGAUAAAAAUGAAUAUGAAGAUGGCGAUGGUGAUGAAGAUGAAGAUGAAGAUGAAGAUGAGGAAGACAAAUUAGCUUGUCAUGCAAAUAACAUCAUGAGAAUGGCCGUUGACUCCACGAUGCUUGGAUCCACAUUUAAUGCUUCACUUUCAUCACACUAUGAUGACUCCAUUGUCAAUAUACUCCAACAGCUGCUGAUGCUGCUGCCUCAUGAUGGGUUUGCGUUUGUCCCGGAGACAGAAGAUGCAGACAAGUCAUUGAUUGAGACCAUGAAGUUGAAAUGGGGUAAGAAGGGAAGAUAUAAUUUGGAUUCGAACCGUGCCUCGAGAGUUGAAAUCAACGAGGAUGAUUUAAAGGCUGCUGUUGGAAUAUAG